AUGAGCAGAAGUUCAUCUUCACGAGUCGCCGUCCAGCAGAUCACGACACUUCCUCAGAUCCCGUUGUUGAUGAAGAUCAGUUGUUCUUCCCUCUCGAAUUUGAAGAAGUGGGGCGACGAGGACAUCGAUAAGUUGAAGAAAGAGGUCUCAACGAUGUUACUUGCAGUCACUUCGAUGAAGGACAAUUUACAAACGCAAUACAACGCGACGUUGAGGUCGUAUAAACCACACCACCCGGAACCCCAUACACGACAAAAGCCACCAGCACAACAACAAAAUGCAGUUGCCGUACCUGAGCCGAUAUUGUGUGUGACGAAUGAACCAGCGAGAGAGUAUUGGGACAAUGUAGUAUAUCCAUACGUGAAGUAUCCGAAGAAGAAAGACUACGAUGAUUUGUUGGUGUUGAUGGACACUAAUGGUGAGAACUUUGAUUGUCCUCUCGGUCCACGAGACGAUGCAAAAGAGUUUAGUGUGAGUGAGAAAUUGAUUGAAGGUAUUGUUGAUACGAAUGUUGAUGAAUACACGCGAAAUAUGGAGGAUGAAAGUACCAUCCGCGAGCGCUUGAUAGCUACAGGAAUUACAACACAUGAAGAGUUAGCUACGAUCAACGCGCGUUCGAGGAAAGACGACGAGAUCUCUCGUGAGCUUAGAAAGCUCAACGAACAGAUCAUAGAGAAGAGGAAGUUCAUCAACGAGUGUAGAAUCAAGAUGCAAGAGUAUUAUAAAUCCGUCGAACGAAAGCAGUUUGAGUUCGAUGGAUUACAAAAAGAAGAAAAGACGUAUCACUGCCACUGA